AUGCAACAACAACAAACUACCACCACCAACACUACACCUCCGCAAUCACCAAUUCGUGAAGUGGCUUUCGAUCCACAUAUUGGCCAAGAAGGCAUAACUUUUUCCGCAGAAUUUGACAUUGCGCUCCCGACCGACCGAAAAUGUCAUCUAGAAUUAGCGUUCGGACAUCAGAAAGUGUUAUCGCAGCAAUUUGCAUCGCUCACUGAUACUAAGCAUCGUCUUACGACCGUGGUGCCACCAUUCGCAUGUACUAAAAGUAUUGUGAAUCGUGUGCCGUUGUACGUGUAUAUUUUGGAUGAUAAGGAUCAGAUUUAUGAUGAUUGGCAUUUUGGUAAUUUCAAGUAUCAAUUUCGAGAUCAAUUACCGAGCACUCCAAGAAAAAGCAAAUCUACGAAAGUUCAUUAUGCUCAACAAGAAAUUUUAGAUGAAUCCAGCGUCACACGAAAUUUUACAUCAUCUCGAAAGCCCCGUUUUGCUCGUCCUUUGUUAUAUCAUCAUUCACCCAAAGGUUAUGUCAGCGUUGCUGCGGAAGAAUCUCCUUCGGAUUCCUCACCGGCUUUAACUCCUCCCACAAAAGCUCAACAAUUGCUCUCGUCAAAUUCUCCUCAUGAACGCUUGAAUAUAGAAUCGUCUCAUGAAUUUCCAUUUUCAACCCAUUGCACCGAUCAAGAACAAAUUAACUCUAACUCGAAAUACGAGAUCCCGACAGAAACCACACCCGUAGUUGGACCAUCUUAUACAACUACCUCACAAUGGCCAUUGUUUCCCUAUAUGCCAUUACAGGCAUUACGUCCAUCGACGACACUCAAAGAUUCCCCGGUGGUCCCUUCAUCAACACCACCCGCAGACUCUUCUGACAAUGCGACGAUGGCGUUACGAAACACAAAACUGGCCAUUCAAGGAGAUCUCAGCACAAUGGCACGAAACUGGGCCGAAUACGAAAUGACAAAUUGCAGACGGCUAGUUCAAUUCCGGCGCCGUCAAGAAAAUAAUAUUAUCCACGUGUCUUUCGCGGCCUUGAAUCAUGAAGAUCGUACGCCAAACGCGAUUAUCGUUUCGUGUAUUUGGUGGAAAGCCAAAAAUGA